AUGCCCGCCUACCACUCUGCGUUCAACGACGAGCCCGUCCAGCAGGCGGGCAACACGGCCAUGCUGCCGUUCAACCACACCAAGGCGCGCGGCAACGCCCCACAGGCCGCCGACCCCAGCCAGCCGGAUAUCAUCGAGGAGGCGCUCGACCUGUUCCGCGCCAACUGCCUGUUCCGCAACUUUGAGAUCAAGGGCCCCGCGGACCGUACACUCAUCUACCUCAUCCUGUUCAUCUCCGACUGCCUGACCAAGAUUGCGCCCGCACCGGGCCGCCCAUCCCCCGGUCACGUCGAGGCCCAGAAGAGGCUGCAGACUCUGAGCGUGGACAGCUUUGCGCUCCCCGGUGACGCCGGCUUCCCCCUCAACAGCAUGUACCACGCCCCCGCGUCACGUCACGAGGCCGACCAGCUCCGCUCGUACCUCACCCACGCGCGCACCGAGACUGCCCUCCGCCUCGUCGACCGCUUGUACCCGCAGGAGCAGCUUCUCGGCGCCGACGGCCAGCCCACUGGUCAGCUCGGUGCCCGCGCCGCGCAGCCCAGCAAGUGGUGGAUGUCGUUCCAGAAGCGCCGCUUCAUGGGCUGCUCGCUGAGUGCUUAA